AUGGAAGUUUUUUGUUUGUUUGUUUGUUUGUUUGUUUGUUUUGCUGAUUUCAUUGUAGCAUAUGUGAUUCUAGGUUUUUCUUUUCCCUUCUAUUUAACUUUUUAUUGCAUUAGAUUUGGCAAGAAAAACAUUUUCUUCUUUCUUGUGUAUAAGAUUAAGGGGAAAUGAAAGAACUGGAUCCCUGUUAAGCUAAAAUGCCUUUAAAUAACUGUAACAUAAAGGAGGAAUAUGAGUGAGGCUGGCAGAUGCUUUUAGACCUUCACUGCAAAGAUAUAAAGAAAAUGAAUGGAGGAGUUGAGAAAUAAAUGCUCCAAAAUUGUUGGGCAAAUCAGAUGACAUGAAACCUCACAUAUAAAAAGUACUAUUCUGACCUGUUAACUGAAAUAUGCUAUUAACUUAAGCCCAUUAGAGAGUAAUUUUCUGAGGGCUAAAUAACUACUGACUGCACAUACGAGCUCUCUUGAUUUGAUAACCACUGACAUGAGAUCAUGGAAAGUUACAAAAAAUAGUACAGAUCUUCCUUCUUACUACACAAAAGUAACUUCCCGGCUGAAAGGGUGCUUGAGCGGUAUGUGGUGAGAGGGUACAUCGUGUCCAGAACAGUCUUUGAACAUCUUUAAAUUUCACUACGUUGCCUCAUGAGAUAUAUGGGGGCAAAAAGAGCAGAGUGCUGUGGUAAUCCGUGCUGUGCUUAGAGAAUCCUUGAGCUGCAAUGAAUAUGUUGGAAUAAAUACUCCUCAAACUGGACUUUUCAUAGGAAAGAAAUUGUUAUCAUUCUCAACAGACUGAAUGUGAACAAUUAUAUAUGAGAGGUAUAAAUGAAUCACAAAGGGAGGUACGAUAUUCUUUUGGCCGUGGAGGAAGAGUGGCGAUAACUGUAAGUCUAAAUGUCCUUGAAUUCCUAACUGAACAUUCUAAAAACCAUGGACACUGAUCUUCUAACUAUUUGGUCAAAAGGGCAUUCAGUUUAAAGAGAUUGUAAGAACAUUUUCUGGAACUGCAAAAUACAGAAAUGCUGGCUGUGCUGUCGACCCGCAGACCUUUACUAGACUCUCUGCUGUGACGCCCCGGCACAAGCGCGGUGCGAAAGGCCUGAGGGAGGCCAUGCUUGCUCCCUGCUGGUGCAAGCACCCUGCUGAUGCAAGCACCCUGCUGAUGCAAGCACCGGGCCCAACGCUCUGUGCUGCCCACAGGAGCUGCUGCCCUCUUGUGUGGGUGCCACGCCCUCAGCCCUGUGAGGUGGUGGCCGUGAUGUCACAGUGGUGUCAGGGAGCGGCCAUUGUGACACGCGGGGCUGGGAGCAGAGCAAAGGCUGCUGGGCUGGGGCCGUGCUCAGUGCGGCCUGGUGAGGCGUGGAGAGAGCAGCGACUCUCUUGUUUCUCGCCAUCGAUGCCGAACAUGUCUGGAAGGAAGAAGGAGGCCCCCAAGUCUGGGAAGCCAGUGUGCAUGCUGUGCCGCAGGGCACGGGUCGACCCGGACAUCUGCGGGCAGACAUCUGCCGAUGGUGGGCUCUGUGCCCACCGCUUCUGCUUGUUCUUUGCCAACGGCCUUUUGAAAUGGAAACGCCCUACGGGGGGAAUUUUUGGCUUCCCCCCGGAUGCCAUCCAGCACACAAUCCAGCUGGCAGACCAGAAGCGCUGCUUUGUCUGUCGUGGGAAGGGAGCUGCCAUCAGCUGCGCAGAGACAGGCUGUGAGCGCAGCUUCCAUCUGCCCUGCGCCGAGAAGGGGGAAUGCGUCACGCAGUACUUUGGGCAGCACAGGUCCUUCUGCUGUGAGCAUCGCCCUCGGCAGGCAGCGGAGGCAGCUCCAUCUCACAACACUCUCUGCGUCAUCUGCCUGGAGCCCGUGGGGGACAGCACGUCCUACCACACCAUGGUGUGCCCGACGUGCAAACAGGCCUGGUUCCACCGGGGCUGCAUCAGGAAACAGGCCAUGCAUGCUGCCACCAUGCUCUUCGUCUGCCCUGUCUGCAGAGGAAAAGCGCGAUUCCGUGCCAAAAUGGCUAAGCUGGGGAUCCAAAUUCCAGUCAGACGACCAUCUUGGUGGGAUGAUGAAGCGUACCAGGCGCUGCGAGAAAGGCACAGGCGCUGUGACGUCAGCAUCUGCUAUUACCGAAGAGGCAGGGAGGAGGCAGAGGAACAGGGGCUCUGGCAGCUGCUCCUCUGCCGCUCCUGUGCCGCAAAUGGCACGCACUGGUACUGCUCCUACUGGUACAGCAGAGGAGGCACCUGGGAGUGCGAUACCUGUGCUGGUGAGGCCAUUGCGUCCCGCCGCAACUACGACCUCGGCAUCCCCAGCACUUCCAGCCAGAUGGCACCGGGGCCAUCCCCGGCAGCUGCACCCAGAAAGCAUCCCAGGCAGCGGGGGACUGGCCGCACAAGAAGCCGUUCCCCAUUGCAAGGUCGGGCCUCAGGCUCCCAGAGUCGGCCCCGAAGAUGCCGUGGCACCAGCCGUACAACAGCCCGAGGUGCUCAGAGCAGCACUCGCACCUCGGCCAGACCAGCACCACCGAGGUCCUCGAGGGCUUCCCCUCUGCCUGCACGCAGGAGGCAAUCCAGGCAGCGAGGGCGGGCCCACACUCGAAGCCGAUCCCCAGUGGGGCGUCGCGCUUCGACUUCCCGCAGCCGGCCCCGAGGAGGCCGUGGGAGCCGGUCCAGGCAGCGGGGACCGGCCCGGGCACCAAGCCGCUCCCGUGCCCAACAUCGCAGAAGACGUCCCCGCAGCCGGUCCCAAAGGCGGCGCUGAAGCAGCCACCCUGUUCCAUCCCCACGUGACGGUUGUGCUUCCAAGCGGCAAAGAAAAUAAACCGUGAAGAGAGUCCACACAUAUUGGCUUCAUUCUUCAGUGGACCAGCCCGGGCACAAAGCCUCUCUCAGGUGCAGCAACAGAGAAGACGUCCCCAUAGCCACCAGCAUCAGAGAAGACGUCCCCACAGCCAGUCCCAAAGACGGUGCAGAAGCGGCCGUGUCCCAUCCCCACGUGAUGGCUGUGGUUCCAAGCAGCUAAGAAAAUAAACCUUCAACAUACUCCACAUGUGUUGGCUUCAUUCUUCUCUGCUUGUCCUGCGGUGGGCACUGUUAGGGGCUGAGACCGCAGCGUUGUCUUCUCCCCAGCACCUUCCCAGGUGGAGUUAUCUUUAGAUUUAUCUGUGCCUGUGACAGAGGGCUGCGAGCCCACAGGCCCACCAGUCCGAACAAAAGGGGCUACAGAGGGGUGCCAACAGUUUACAGCCCAGUUCAGCCAGCUGCUGUGAUAUAACGGGGGCAGGGACCCACAGACACCCACACCCCGGGAAAGGGGAAAGGAGAAAACUGGGGAAGGGCACGGAGACGGGAGACAGGCCUGAAACCAAAACAGUGGCAAUGAUGUGAGGAGGAAAGACGGUUUCCCAGAUCAUAGAAUCACAGAAUCAUAGAAUCACAAGGUUGGAAGGGACCUGCAAGAUCAGCUAGUCCAAUCGUCCUCCCAUUACCCUUGCUACCACAAGCCACUAAACCAUAUCUCGUAGCUCCUCCUCCAGGAUGAGGACAGGAGAACAGACUGAAACAGAAAAGGACACAGCUAAGAUGUUAGCAGAAAUACAGGAGUGCUGUAGAAACGCUUACUUACUGAGCAUCUGUCAGCAGUGUCAGUGAUUUUCCCUUGGCCAUGUGCCAAACACUUAAAAUUUUCUUCAUUCCUACACUACUUGCCAUGUAAACUGAGGUCAUAUGCUAGUUUCUAUGGCGCUAUUCUGUGUUCAUUUCACUCCUCUUGCUAUCGAUCCUUGAAAUAAUGCUCUAGGUGUGGGUGAGAGGAGUGGGUUACAUCCCACUGUUCCAACGGAACAAGUGCAAGACCUCCUCAUGAAGCUGAAUGCAUGAAAGUGAGCCCGUGGGGCCAGAUGAUAUCCAUCCUAGGGCUCUGAGAGAGAGGGCUGAUGUGGUUGCCGAGCCGCCCUCCAUCGUCUUGGACAAACCAUGGCUGUUGGGUGAAAUCCCCAAUGACUGGAAAAAGGGAGACGUUACUCCCAUUUUUAAGAAAGGGAGAAAGGAUGACUCAGGGAACUACGGGCUGGUGAGCCU